AUGACUUCCCUUUGGAACUCUCUGGAAAAAGAUGUGUUCAACCCUCAGAAGAAGAGGCUGCUGAAAACUGUCCAUGUCUGGAAAACAGGGAGGAAGAAGAAGAUGUCCAUUCUCUGUCUUGUGGUGGACACCUCUAGGCCAAUGCAGCCGUUUCUGGUGGAGGUCAAGUUGGACCGAGGAGAGCCAUACAAGACAGCACACUGGUGGCCUUUAGCAGAGCUGAGGCAGGUGGAUGGCAAGAGUCUCCAGCAGGCCAGCCUGGAUUUUGAUCUGCAGUUUGAGAAGGUGUACAAGUGGACUGCCAGGAGCUUUGAGGAGAAGAAAACCUUUAUCAGAUGCUUAUGGAGGCUAAACCUCAGAUUCCUGGCCAACACUGUCACGUUUGUGAAUGUUCCCUCAUGUGCAACAGAAGGGAUGCAAAGACCUGAAGAAGACAGGAAGGACCAGGUGGCAGCUGAGAGCCAGGAGGAGCUCAGUGUGUACCAGGAGAUGACACCGAAGGAAGCUGCCGAUGUGCUGAAGCUGAUGGAGGAGUAUGAGCCCCUUGUGAACAACUCUGUGGACUUUGCAGAGCAGCUGGUCAAGGAUCUCCAUGUGUUGGAUGAGGCCAACCUUCGAGCUAUCAUCUCUUCUGAGCAGCAGGUGACACAGCUGAUGAGCUCCAUUGAUGAGGCCCUGACAGAGGUGGCCAGGGUGGAGCAGACCUUGCAGAUCUAUGAUGAACUCCUGGGAAGUGUGAAGCAGCAGAUGGACCACAUCCACCAGGAAAACUCCUUGCUGCAUCGCAUCAUUUCCAACAAGACAAGGCUGAUGGAUGAGAUCAUCUUCCUCACAACCCAUCUCCACCUCAGCAAGGGGCACUGCGAUGCCCUGAGCCGGGCAGACCUUUCCAGCCUCAGCAGUGUGCAAGCCUGUGUUGCUGCAGCAGAGGCUUUAUCUGGCUGCAUGAACAUCCAGCUACAGCCUGGUUACCGAAAGUUGCAGGCAGUGGCUGAGCAGCUCAUCAUGUUCGAAACACUCAAGCAGAACUUUGAAAACUCUUUCAUAAGCCACAUCACAAGCAUCUUUGAGCUGCAGGGUAAUGCUCAGGUCCCUCAACUUGGUCAGCCCAUUGACAAACUGUCUGCACCAAGCCACAGGCUUCACCACAAGGAAUUGCUGCCCUACAUCCCACUCAUGGCCUGGCUGAGGAACACCAACUCAGUUCUGUUCUGUGACCUCCCCAAGGUCUAUGCCCAGAACCUGAACAGACUCUACGACCGGGAAAUCAAAGCCCUUCUUGAACAAGCCAAAACCUCCUUGUUAGGAAGAAGAAAAGGAAGUCUGCAGGAGAGCUUAGAGAAGCCAAUGGCCAUGGGGGGCAGGCACCAGUCAUGGUGGAGUUUCCUUGAGAGCAGAGAAGGGCAGGAGGACACACCAGACAGGGGUAACAUUGUCAAGGUGUUGGAGCAGGUGCUGAGACAGCUACAGCCCCUUUGCACCGCAGAGCAGCAGUUCAUUGAGAAAUUCUUCCAGCUGAGCCAUGACACUGCAGACCUGCAGGUGCUGGAGGCAUUUGCCACUAAGGGAGGAGAGAGCAUAGCAUCUCCAGAGGAUCCUUCUUGCACCAAGCCUCGGAGCCAACCAGAAGAAUCUACAACCCAUCUGCUGAGAGAGAUCUUCAGUUGCCUGGAAUCAGAUCUGAGAGGAUUUCUAGAUGUCUGCAACAAGGUUCACCCAUUGGGCUGCUUGCAGGUCCUGGUUACCUUGAGUGACUCCGUGUUUGACAUGUGGGGCUCUUCCUCAGCUCCUCCCUCAUCCUUCUUCAGCAGCCUCCUUGGCAACCUGCUGCUCCUAGUCAAGAGCAGCUUCAACAAAUGCAUUGGGACCUUGUGCAAAGAGAUUGAGGAGGCAAAGAUGCCCAGCAAGUUGAAAGGUGGGAUCGUGCCCUCUGUGAGCUGCUUCAAGGAGUUUGUGGUGUUCUCAGAGGAGGUGUUCAGGACAGCUCGGCGCAGAGGGGAGCUGGACAAGGCACACCUCAGGCUGGCCAGCAGUGUCUUCAGCAGCAUCAGUAGUCUGUCCUCAGCAAACCUGAAGGUGAACACAGAUAUGGUCAUGAUGGAAAAUUUCCACCACAUCCACCACUUCUUGUGCCAAAAGAAGAUCCACUGCCUGGAGGACAAGAAGAGAGAAGCCAAGCAAAGGUACAGUGAGCACAUGGAGAAAUAUAUCAUCAAGUACCUGGGCCAGCCACUGGAGAAGCUCAAUCACUUCUUUGAAGGGGUGAAAUCCCGUGUGGCUCAAGGGGUGAAAGAAGAGGAUAUCAGUUUCCAGCUGGCCUACAGCAAGCAGGAGCUGAGGAAGGUCAUUGAAAAAUACCCUGGCAAGGAAGUAAAAAGAGCCCUGGAGACCCUCUACAGGAAGAUCCACAAGUAUCUCUCCCCAGAGGAAAAUCUUUUGCCGGUGGUGUGGAAUGCCAUGGAGCAGGAGUUCAUCCGUCAGUACCAAGAGUUUGAGGAUCUGAUCCAACGCUGCUAUGCAGGAUCAGGGAUUACCAUGGACUUCUCCAUGGAGGAUUUGCUAAGCUACUUCAACUCCAUCACUCAGUCCAGCAUAUAG